CGCCACAUUGUGCGGGUUAACCACUUGAUAAUGAACCUUUAUAGUUACCUGCGUUGACCUGCCCCCAGACACCAGUGCGGCCACGCGUAUUGUGGCCGGCGGGGCGGCCACGCAGGGACGAGCAUGCCCUUAUCUUUUUCCUUCCAUCCGCUCCCUUCCAGUACAGCCUUUCCGACCUCCAAGUAAUUCUUUGGUGGACCUACCUUGAGUCUGUUAUGGCCUAACCAGCCCCCUAAAACACUGAAGAAGACGAAGAAGAAGGAAACAACUUAUUCUGACUGGGGAUUUCAACCUGCCCUCCAUUGAUUGGUCCUCUGACGUUCCUGUUGGUAAUUCUUUACUUGACUGAGCCAUGAGUGGUGGCGGCGCAGGCUGGCCCGGCGGUGGCACCCCCAGUGGCGGCAACGGCGAGUGGUACCACACCGAUGCUGGGAGUGGCAUGGAUGUCCCUCCCCAGUGGGCCUCCCCUGGGUGUGCCUUCUAUUCUGUGGACUCUGCACCUCCCCCAGUGGCUCACCCCCCUCAGCAGGUCCCUUGGGGGUGUCCGAGCACCACGGCGCCUCCCUGUGUUCGGAGCUACGACACACCAUCGUACCAACCUACCAUCGCACCCCCCGGCUACCCUCCCCCACACUACGCGCCGGUCCCUGGGGUGAGCCAUGACCAGUUCAGCACGGCGCCCCCCCAGCCAUACCCAGACCACAAUGCUGCGCCCCCCAGGGUUAGGGGUAUAAGGCCACCAGGACCACCAGGACCUAUUCAGUCCUACGCCCCGGCUCUCCCAUCACCCGUUCCCCCGUCCUGCCCUCCUCCCGCCCCCCUGUAUGCUGGUGCAGCCCCUGGGUAUGGGUGGGGCCCGUCUCCUGUCCCCCCGGCCCCUCAGACAGGGGUGCAAACACUCGGACCGCCAGAGCCACAGCCUUGGCCGCUGCCGGAGUGGGACCAAAGCUGUGUGCCGGCCCACCCAGACCACGGGUCCCGGCACGGGUUCCACGGCUCCCUGGAGAGGGGAAGAGCACCCUCGGCCAAGCCCUUCAGGGAUGGCAGGGCGAGGGAACACGACUCAGCCGCCCGGAGUGAUGACAGGCCCCAGCACGCACCAAGGUACGAGAGAGAGCGCCGCAGCCUGGAGCCCAAGUACAAGGACGGGGAGUACCUGGGCGGGGAGGCGCGCUGGGGGGAGGGCAGCGGCAAGCACCACCCGGCCUCCUGCAGCUCCUCACAGUACAGAGGUGAAGGCAGACGCUACUCACCACCAGGCCGCGCCCCACGAGACCCUCCCCCACCAAGGUAUGAGAGAGAGAGGGAGCGAGAGAGGGACAGUGGUGAGGGGCGAUACAAGUCCGAGCGUCGCUAUGCCAAGUACUCAGAGGAGCGCUGGCCCUCCAGAGGCAGUGGAGAGAAGCGGAGGCGAGGCUCACGCUCCCCCUCCCCCGCCGUCAGGGCCUCGCGUGAUCCUAGUGAAAGGCCCCACAGCAGGUCAGCCAAGAGGUGUCGCAGCCCGAGCCGAGAACCCCGACACUCAAGGUCACUCGACAGAAAGAGACCCCAAGACUCCCGUAGCCCGGAAAGCCGCCGCCUGAGGACUCCAGACCGAGCCUCCGCCGCCAAGAAGUCUGUGCCGAUACCAAGGCCGCUGAGUCCGGAGCCCGACUUGGCAGCUCUCAUCACCAAGGAGGAGCUGGAAAGGGAGGGAGUGGAGGAAGAGGAGGAGGAGGAGGAGGAAGGAAAGGAGCCCUGGGUACGCUCUGCCCCUGCCGACCUCUUCUACCAGCGCGAUAAAACGAACCCCCUUGUGACCCGGGCCACCAAGAAACUAAUGUCCCUGUGUGAGGUGUUUGAGGAGAAGUUGGUCAAGCGAGCAUCCCGUGCCAAGCAGGAGAAGAGGCAGAAGGCAGAGAAGACGCAGCAGCUGUCUGGGGAUAGAAAUGUGUGCAGCAGGAGCAAGACAAGCUGUGAGGGCGGUGAAGGCAUGCACGGAGACGCUGCCAAGGACGCCGAGCAGGACACCGAUAAUGACAAAAACAAGAACAGUGCCAGCGACAAAAGUCUAGAGAGCAGCAAGUUAGCCGAGGGACCAAGUGCCAACAGUGACGAGUGUAACAGUGAUUCUGUGACGCCGGCAACCACCAAGGAGAGCUGCAACAUCCCCGAGUCCACGCCAGACCCACAGCCAGGCAAACCACCGUGCAAACACCAACACAAACACCGGAAAAGGAAGCACACGAAGGAGAGGGACAAGGCAGACUCCCACAGCAGCAGCAGCAGCAGCAGCAGUGGCAGCGACGACAGUUCAAGCAGUGAGGAGGAUGAAGAGAGUGAGAUGGACAUGAUAUCAAAGGAACUGGAGAAGAAACGGAGCCACCCUGAUCGCCUCCACCCAGAGCUAUGGUUCAACGACCCUGGGGAGAUGAACGACGGUCCACUCUGCCGGUGUUCACUCAAGGCGCAGCGAUCGGGCAUUCGACACGGCUACUACGUCGGGGAAGGCAACCUCAAGCCCUGCGACCCCUGGACCAACAAUGCGGACUGCCUCCACCACUACCUCAUCACCAUCUCUCCGCCAACAAACUUCCUGAUCAAGACCCCCACAGUCAUCCUCCACGACAAACAUGAGUUCAUCUUUGAGGGGUUCUCGCUGUUGUCGCACCACCCCUUGGAAGAGGUUCCGACCUGCAGUGUGAUCCGCUUCAACAUCGAGUACACAAUCCUCUACAUCCAGGAGAAAAUACCCGACAACUUCUGUAUCCAAGAACUCAACUUGCUGUAUGAUUACCUCUUCCUUGAACUCCUGGAGCUUGUUGACCUGAACCUCAAGGCCAUGGGGGACUCCGACGGCUGCCCAAGAUUCCACUUCAUGCCAAGAUUUGUUCGCAAACUUCCAGACAAUGGCAAGGAAAUUCUGUCCAUGAACGAGGUGCUGAGUUCCCUGCUGAAGAAUAGCGGCCCCCUGGUGCAGCCCGAGGACCUGGCGCAGCUGCUCAGCAUGACACAAUACCAAUGGCAGAAUUAUGCUGACCAUCUCAAGGGCAUGGUGGUGACCUGCCCCGGGAUGAAGCCGUGCAGCAUCCGUGUUGACCAGUUGGACCGAGACCAGGUCAGUGACGAGACCAUCAACUACCCCGUCAUCGUCCACUUCGGCAUCCGUCCACCCCAGCUCUCCUACGCUGGCAACCCAGAGUAUCAGAAAGCAUGGCGGGAGUAUGUAAAGUUCCGUCACCUCCUCGCCAACAUGCCCAAGCCGUCUUUCGAUGACAAGAGGCGCCUGGCAGCCAAGGAGAACAGGCUGCAGGAGAUGAGGAUGACGUCUAAGAUGAAGCGAGAUGUGACCGUCGCUGUGUCGUCCCAAGGCUUCUACAGGACGGGGAUCAUGUGCGACGUGGUGCAGCACGCCAUGUUGCUCCCGGUGCUGGUGUGCCAUCUGCGCUUCCAUCAGUCCCUGGAGGUGCUGGAGGAGCGCAUCACCUACAAGUUCCAGGCGCGCUUCCUGCUGCAGCUGGCGCUCACUCACCCUUCCUACAGGGAAAACUUUGGCACCAAUCCUGACCACGCCCGGAACUCCCUCACCAACUGUGGCAUCCGGCAGCCUGAGUACGGGGACCGCCGCAUCCACUACAUGAACACCCGGAAGAGGGGCAUCAACACCCUCAUCAACAUUAUGUCUCGCUUCGGACGCAACUUGGAGACGGAGAGCAAGAUAACUCACAAUGAACGGCUGGAAUUCCUCGGAGACGCUGUGGUGGAGUUUCUGACGUCGAUUCACUUGUUCCACCUCUUUCCCAGCCUCGAGGAAGGUGGCCUGGCGACUUACAGGGCGGCCAUCGUACAGAACCAGCACUUGGCCGUCUUGGCGGAAAAGCUUGGCCUGGACCAGUUCAUGCUGUACGCACAUGGUUCAGACCUCUGCCACGACUUUGAGCUCCGGCACGCCAUGGCCAACUGCUUUGAGGCGCUGAUGGGAGCGAUCUUCCUGGACUCUGGGAUUGAGGAGGCAGACAAGGUGCUGAGCUCCACCCUGUUCAAGAAGGAGCCAGUGCUGCUCAACAUCUGGGUCCACUACCCGCUGCACCCCAUACAGGAGCAGGAGCCGGAGGGGGACCGAAAGUGGAUCAAGUCCUUCCCCAUACUCAUGAAACUCUCCAAAUUUGAGGACUCCAUUGGUGUUGAAUUCAAGCACAUCCGCCUGCUGGCCCGCGCCUUCACCGACCGCAGCAUCGGCUUCAAUAACCUCACGCUUGGCUCCAACCAGCGGCUCGAGUUCUUGGGGGACACAGUGCUGCAAUUGGUGUCUUCCGAGUACUUGUACCGAUACUUUCCAGAGCAUCAUGAAGGACAUCUCUCGCUGCUGAGGUCGUCGCUAGUAAACAACCGGACACAGGCGGUGGUGUGCGAUGACCUGGGAAUGACCUCGUAUGCCAUGUACUCCCACCUCAAGACUGAACUCAAGACCAAGGACAGAGCUGACCUGCUGGAGGCGUUUCUCGGGGCGUUGUACAUCGACAGGGGCCUGAAAUACUGCCAAACCUUCUGCCAAGUGUGUUUCUUCCCACGGCUGCAUCAGUUUAUCAUGAACCAGGACUGGAACGACCCCAAGAGUAAGCUACAGCAGUGCUGCCUCACGCUGCGGACCAUGGGUGGCGGAGAACCAGAUAUACCCAUUUACAAGGUCAUUGAGUGCAAGGGCCCCACCAACACACGCGUCUACACAGUGGCCGUUUACUUCCGAGGUCAGCGGCUGGCCAAGGCGUCGGGGCAUUCCAUCCAGCAGGCAGAGAUGAAUGCUGCCCGGGAGGCACUCAUGAACUCCAAAGAGCUGUUCCCGCAAUUGGACCACCAGCGUCGAGUUAUUGAAAAAAGUGUCAAGAUCCAAGGCAUCAGCAAGACAAACUUUCGCGUGAGAGGCAAGGGCCGGGGGGUGGGGAGAACAUGGAGAGGAAGCUGGAGAGAGGAGGAGAGGCGAGGUGAUAGAGACAGACCCAAGGAGAGAGAGAAACAGGAUAGCAGAGAGAGCGACAGAUGGAGAGAUGGAGAGAAGAGGCCAGUGAGAGAGAAACAGCAGAGCACUGAUGGCCCCAGGGUGACAAAGUCCUGGGAGAAGGAGAAACCAUGGUCAGAAAAGGACUGGGAGAGGAGCCAUGCAGACAGAGAGAGACAAGGAGAGUUCAAGAGAGGCAGGACAGACUUUGAUGAUUUUAAGAGAGGCAGGGCAGGAUCAGUUGACUCUAAACAAGGGCGAAGAGAUUCAGAUGAUUCCAGGCGUGGAAGGAACGACUCCGAGGACUCCAGAAGAGGCCGGAGUGAGUUUGAGGAAGACAGAAGACACAGAAACGAAAACGAGAGCAGAUCUUUCUCAGGCUCUGAACCACGAUCGAGAGGAUACUCCAGACACAUCUCCAAGGAUGUUCCUGACGCAGACAAACACCGUGAGAGACACAGAGAACACCCACGCAGCCGCCUCAGCCCUCUACCACACCGAGAUAGUGGUGCAAAAAGUGGACACCAUGUGCGGGGGGAUUAUGACUGAAGAGAAGGGACCAAGUGAUAAGGUAACAGCUCUUAGCGAGUGUAGUGACUGGUGAUGGCUGUGGCCGCUCCUCAGAUUGAUUGGUUGACUCGAUUCAGGGCAAUGAGAGAACACAACCAAAGAGGAGGUGAAGUGCCUGCAAUCUCAACUCCAUUUCAUGUACGAGGGUGUCAGAUGGAAGAUGUUUGGUCAGCCAGCAGCCUGUAUCCUUCCACUGUAUUAGGGAAUUGUGGGAAGGAGAAGUAUUGGUAUGGUCCUCCAGAGUGUACCAGUGAAUGGGAUGAAGGACUGAAGAUACUACUGGCCAACACUUGCAUUAAGCUGCGUCCACACUUGGCCUUGUGAGCUCCACUCUUCCCCGUGGGGUGUUCCCAGGAGCGGAUUUUGGGGUGAGCGAGGGGCAAUACCGCUCUGUUCUGGUGAUCUAGGCUGGAGGCAUUUCAGAGUGUGGGACAACAGUGCACCAGGCAGCAGGUCACCAAUAGCUGUUUGCAUUCAUGGAAAAGAGUAUUUUUUUUGGCAUUAUACAGCACAUUUUUCCUCAGCAAAUCAUAAAAUACAUUGAUGAGCAUCCUUGUAUAGAUCUCAAGGUCAGUGUCACUUUCUUUCUCAAGUUGGGAGAAAAGUUGAGUGAAGCUUCCUCUCCCGCUGCAUCUUGAGACCCACCACAUCCAUCACCACGAACUUCCUUGAACACAACAACUGGACACGGGUCAGCACACCACUGACCUCCUCAAGCAAUAUCCGUGUCUAUGGGAGUUUAGGAACAAGGACUGCAAGAACAAGCAUGUAAGAAGUGCAAGUUUGAAUGCAUUGGCCAAAGAAUUAAUGAGUACAAUGAGUUGUGUCGCGGUACUAGAUGAUAUAAUGAAGAAGUUGCAUAAGGUGAAGUGGAAACAGUAAAAGCAACGCAGACCCAGAAUUCAGGAGCAGGGACAGAAAUGUAUACACCCAAGCUCUGGCUGUUGUGUGGCUGCAUGCCUCAGUUUUCAUAGCAUGAAUACACCUGUGUGGCAGACACACCACCCACUGUGGAAAAGUGCAGGUGACAAGGCCUAGUGUGGACGGAGCAGGCUUUAGGGAGUUGUAUGAAAGGGGAAGUAGAGUGGUAUUGUCUUCCAGAGUGAACCAGCAAAAUGAAGACACUGCUGGUUACCCUUGCAUGUAGGAAGGUAGACAUACUUGUGAAGGGCUCAAAGCUUUUUUUAAAGAGGAUCAUGAAGAGGGAUGAAAGAGUGAGGAUGCUGUUCAACUCUUAUGCUAGGAAGCUGUAAUGGGAGAGUGAAUGCUGUUGACUCUUAGUCAUAAGAAAGUGAAGUUGGUUUUGUAAAACUGAACUCAAAUAGAGUGUCUCAAAUGAU